AUGGCAAUGGAGUCUACAGUGUCUGCAACCAUCUUCACCACUUUCCCAAGGGAUACAUUUAAACCAAACAUGACCAACAUAACUCAAGCUCCCUGUGGACCUACAGAGCGUGUUCAGUCCAGCGUCACGGUCUACAUGAAGAACCUGGCGGCAGCUGACUUCUUCCUUUGUCUUUGUUUACCUUUGCGCAUUGCUCACAAUGCUACCUAUUCCAUAACAAUACGCAACAUGUACUGCAGCUUUGGAGCAACAGCAUUCUAUCUAAACAUGUAUGCAAGCAUUCUCUUCAUGGACAUUAUUGCUGCAAACAGGUACCUGAAGAUUGUCCGGCCGUUGGAGACUCAUGCUCUGCAGAUGGUUCGUACCGCCCGCCACAUUUCCAUAGGAACUUGGCUUUCCUUGUUAGCCAUGUCUUCCGUCUACUUGAUCCUCUUUCUUCAGACUUCCUGGGAUCAUGAUCAGAAACUUAGCUGUGAGUCCCUGCACAGUCACAAGCUCAGUGUGGUCUACAAAAUCAUCCACUGCGUGUCCUUUGCAGUCUUUGCGUUUGUGCUAAUGUCUCUGGUUUUUCUUUACUGGAAGACUCUGCAAAAGAUCCUACAAGCCCAGCUGUCAACGCAGACUGUAUCCAGCCACCAUAAGUUUAACAAGUCUAAGCGCAACAUGCUAGUUCUAGUGGUAGUUUUCUGUGUGUGCUUUGUGCCCUAUCACCUGGUGAGACUGCCUUACGUGUUCAGCAGUGACUGUACAUUUAACACCCUGAAGGAGCUGACUAUCCUGCUUUCAGUGCUAAAUGUCUGUUUUGAUCCUCUAAUAUACUUUAUCUUCUGCAAGACCUUUAGAGACCAGCUCAGGAAGAAAGAUUUGCAAAGAUCCAGUGAAGAUAAAACAUGA